AUGACGACCGCACCACACAUGCCGGCCAAGGCGCACAGCUCUGAGGAUGUGCACCAUCGGCCCAGAGGUAUCCUUAAGAACUCCAACUCCUUCCAGGGCAGCCUCGCUCCAAUGACAGCCGCCUCUCCACCCUCCGUCCCAGCAAUCUCCGAGCCCGAAGAAACAAAGGAGCUCACCCUCCAAAAUACCUUGCAAAAUGCAGGCCGCCGACGCUCCUCAUCAACAACCCGACCAGGCACCAACGCCCGCCGCCAGUCGUCAGUCAGCGCCCAUGACGAAAACGAACCCCGCCUAAAGUGGGACGAGGCAAACCUCUACCUCACUGAGCAGGAAAAGACAGCAAAGAUGAAGAUCGAUGAGCCCAAGACCCCAUAUGCUCCUCACUACGAUCCCCGCGAGGACGACGAGUUGAUCCGAAUGGACGAAGCCCAAGACAGCCUGCUCGACGCGAAUGGUAUUGUCGUUGACGAGCUUGAGAAGAAUAAAACCGGGGCUCACCGCAAGGCCUUCUCAGAGGAGGAAAUCCCGGACCUGGAGCUCGGUGAACCGGAGGAUAGCCUGCCAGACACCUCGAAUGAUCCUCGUGUUUUCCGUGAUCGGAGUAUGAGCACGGACUCGCACAAGAGCGAGAGACAUGUUCACGUUGGCGGCGUUGGGGAUGAGAAUGGCACCGAUGCGCCUGCCGAUGAUCCGCUUCUGUCUCCCGAAGAAGCUCGCGAGAAGCAUGCUCAUUUCGAGGAGCAGCGCAAGAAGCACUAUGAGAUGAGGAAUAUCAAGGAACUGCUUGCACACCCUGAAGAUUUGGACGAGGACAUGGAAGAUGACGAUGGAGCCGAGUCUGCUCCCCAUCCGUCCAUGCCUGAUAUGCCUCAACGUUUCCGCAAUGCGCAAUAG